ACCUUUAACGUCAGACGUCAGCAAUAGUCAAUGAGCGUCAGCAGCGAUCGUUAGUAGUAACCAGUAACGCUUGGUAACGUUCGGUAACGUUCUUGCUCUUUUAAAAGGAAAUUCGCCACUGACUUUAAUUUAACAAUAAUGGGUCACGAAGGAGAGGUUAUUCUUAUUCAGAAUUCUGAUGACUUGAAGAUUAAACUUAAAGACGCAGGCAAUAAUUUAGUAAUUAUCGAUUUCUUUGCUGUAUGGUGUGGACCAUGUAAGAUGAUUGGGCCAUUGAUUGAAGAAUUGUCAAAGGAAAUGUUGGAUGUUGUUUUCCUUAAAGUUGAUGUGGAUGAAUGUGAAGAUAUUGCUGCUGAAUAUGAGAUAUCUAGUAUGCCUACGUUUGUUUUUAUAAAGGAAGGCAAAGUGUUGGAGACUUUUUCCGGUGCAAAUUACGAUAAAUUAAAAAAUAUGAUCCAAAAACACAAAUAAAUAAAUAAAUCGUCACGAAUGUUAAAAUAUAUUGUAUUCUUAAAAACUGUAAAAAUGAUAUACUGGAUUAGCUAUAAUUAUUAUUUUACAUAAAUAAUAUAGAAUGGCUAUUUAAAUAGAAAAAGUAAUUUGCAUUGUUUACGUAUUGUACACGCAUUUUAAUUGAAAAAUAUUGAAGUAGCAUUAUUUUUCAAUAAUGAAAAAAUUUCUAUGGAUUUUGUUGCUAAAAUGUAUGAUGAACUUACAAAUAUAUAAGAUAUAAUUACGAAUCACAA